AUGGACGCGUGUCACUUAUUGUUGGGCAGGCCUUGGGAGUACGAGCGUAAUAUAGAACAUAACGGGCGGUCCAAUACGUAUAGUUUCCUGUUUGGUGGUGUGAAGAUCACUCUUGUUCCUAGCAAGCCUAAGCAAUUAGCCACGAAACAGUCGGGCACUUUGUUGACCAUUAGUCAGUUUCAAGAUGAGUUGGAGGAAGCAGACAAUGUUUUUAUUUUGAUUGGGAAGCCUGUGGCCGAGGAAGUCGACAUUCCUGAAUGUAUGGUUCCGUUAUUCGAGGAGUUUGUUGAUGUUUUCCCAGAUGAUUUACCUGCCGGGUUGCCACCCCUACGAGACAUCCAACAUCACAUUGAUUUGGAACCGGGGUCCCAGCUACCCAAUAAGCCCCAUUACAGAAUGAGUCCAAAGGAGCACGAGGAAUAA